AUGACAUCCAAUCAAGGCCAUGCACCGCCUGUAUAUGCACAGCAAGGGGGUCCACAAGGCUACCCCCCACAACAACAGGGCUACCCACCACAGCAACAGGGCUAUCCUCCACAACAACAGGGCUACCCUCCACAACAACAGGGCUACCCUCCACAACAACAGGGUUACCCGCCACAGCAACAAGGUCCCCCCCCACAGCAGAGUUAUCCUCCGCAACAGUACGGCUAUCCACCACAAGCGAAUGGUCCUUCUCCUCAGGGCUACGCUCCGCCUAUGUCGUAUGACCAAACGCAGGCGGGGGCUGGUAGCAGUGGGGGAGCACCGCCUGGAUAUGGCAUCGCUAAUGAGAAUAAAGGGAAAUGAAGCGCAAGCCUGCUAGGUACUCGUAGGGUAUGUAACGAGUUGGGAUCGUGCCCGACCAUCACAAGCGAGUGGGCAACCAUCGCAACCAGUAAUAGACCUCCGCGACGAUUGCAUCACUGGAUGUAGGUUAAUAAUCAGACCCUACACAGGUGCAACGCAAACGCAGAACGCUUUGCGGUUAAAUUGCACUGUGCAGGCCAUUAGGAGACUAUAACAGCCCUGUCCAUUUUGAACUAGAAACGUUAUUUUAUAUUUUUCUUCUUUUUCAAAUUAAAAACAUGC